AUGUGUGACACAUCUAACUAUGCGGUGGGAGCCGCGCUAGCACAGCGCAAAGGUAAAAAUCUUUAUGUCAUUGCCUAUGCCUCUAAAACUUUGAAUGGAGCCCAAUCCAAUUAUACUACUACUGAGAAGGAGUUGUUAGCUAUUGUCUUUGCUUUGGAUAAAUUUCGAGCUUAUUUACUUGGCUCAAAGGUGGUAGUAUACUCGGAUCAUGCAGCAUUGAAAUAUUUGUUGGCCAAGAAAGAGUCUAAACCAAGGUUGAUAAGAUGGGUUUUGCUUUUGCAAGAAUUUUAUCUAGAAAUCAAAGAUAGGAGUGGUUCACAAAAUCUAGUGGUGGAACACUUGAGUCGCCUUGAGUACACAAAGGGCGAUCCCACUCCUAUUAAUGAUGCCUUUCCUCUUGAGGGCUUGCAAGCAAUCUCUGAAGUGAUCCCUUGGUUGCACCUAUUGUCAAUUACUUGGUGGCUUGCACCUUUCCUCCCAAUUUUUCCAAACAUCCAAAGGAUAAGCUUAAAAGCGAAUCCAAAUAUUAUGUAUGGGAUGACCAGUACCUUUGGUGAUGUGGUGCGGAUCAAGUUUGGAAAUAUCUCCAAGAAGGAUGAGAUACCCCAACAAACUAUGUUGUUUUGUGAGAUUUUUGAUGUUUUGGGUAUUGACUUUAUGGGGCCUUUCCCAAACUCUAAUGGUCUCCUCUACAUUUUGCUAGCUUUUGACUAUGUUUCCAAAUGGGUGGAGGCGAUUCCCACCCAGACCGAUGAUGCUAAUGUGGUUCUUUCUUUAGUUCGGAAUAAUAUAAUUUGUUGCUUUGGAUCGCCACGAGCAAUCGUGAGUGAUCAAGACUCUCAUUUUUGCAACAAGAGAUUGACAGGGAUAAUGAAGAUGUAUGGCAUCAUCCACAAAGUGGCCACGGCCUACCAUCCCCAAACGAAUGGCCAAGCUGAGGUUUCCAACCGGGAGAUCAAGUGCAUAUUGGAGAAAAUUGUGAAACCUCAUAGAAGGGACUGGAGUGCUAAGCUCACUAAUGCGCUAUGGGCCUACCAAACGACUUACAAGACGCUAAUUGGCAUGAGCUCGUUUCGGCUGGUCUAUGGCAAAGCUUGCCAUCUACCGAUGGAGAUAGAGCACAAGGCGUAUUGGGGGGAAUCAAAAGAAAGUUACAGCUGGUGGAAUUGGAGUGUCUAA